CUGUAGGUGUACACGUGUGUUUUAUAGAUUAACUACAGAGAACGUUCGGAUACAAAGACAUGAACAGAAACGUUCGAAUUGAAUUGUCUACGUCACAAGAGGAUUGGAAAGUAGUUCGAGAAUGCUACGUUCAAUCUUUCCAUCGAUACCCGCUGUAUAAGUACAUGAUUCCCGAUGAUAAUAAGAGAAACGCCUUCCUUCGCGCUUAUCUCGACGCUAACUAUGACGUCACAGUAGGAAGUGGCGAAGGGAUUCUACUCGUGAUGAGAAUUUGUGAAAACGAAAACAAUAACAGCAACAGUAGGAUCGGCGGAGGAGUCGUGUUCGUUCCUCCGUCACGUGACGGUCACGGUUGGGCGAUUACAGACGACGAGCCUUACUGGGAAGCUUACGAGAAACAUGGACUCGCAAAAAUCAGCGCAGAAGGAUUCGAGAGAGUCAAAAGAUACGAAGCGUGGGAAAAUAACAACAUUUGCCGGAAGUUAUCCGGAAGUCGAAUCCCAAUGUGGAACGGACUCUUCUGCGCGAUGCUACCUGAACAUACAUCCAGAGGUCUAGGAAGCAGCCUAUAUAAGGAAGCGAUUAAAAUUAUGGCCGAGUACUGGCUGAAAAAGUCGAUUCAACAAAAGAAAGAAACGCAAGACACCGGCAAUGGAUUCUUUUCAAGGUUAUUUAGUGGGAACGGUUCUAAUUAUUUGCACUAUUUCACACUGCUUAAUCAUAGAAAACUACCAACUGCCCAAGCGGUGAGCAUAAAGUCAGCUGAGCCGGAGAGGUGCACAAAAAGUCCACAAAAUAAAUCAACAUUACAUAAAAGCAUGAAAGAAAUGAUGGGUAACCCGACAGCCCCAGUCGUAAUAGCGAUCAGCCACAGCGAAAAAGCUGCCCACUUCCAUGAAGCCAACGGUUUCCACCCCAUUACAAGACUCCCAUACUUCGACCCUGUAGAAGAAACUCCCCCAUUCUACACCCACGUUCUUGUAUUGGACCCUUUCAGAACUGGGAAAGUGAACAUUUGCAAAGAAGCCCUAGCUACAUCAAAACCAGCGAAAAUUCCAAACCCAAUUCCAGCAAACCAGUUUUUAAACUGCAAAGCAGUCUCUUAGUUUAAACCAAAACUUAUCUUUAUUACCUCACACUGCUCUAUUGUGAUUGUACAUAUUGCACUUUUACGUCACACGCAAAUUGUACUUAACCAAAACAUUUUUACUUUUAGUACGGAUCAGAGUUUUUAGUUGUGUAUGUUACAUUUUUACAAUAGAGUCGCGUAGAAAUAAAUUAAAGCUUAAU